AUGUUCAACCUCCGCAAGAAGAGCGAUGAGUCUCUCAGAUACUACAUCAAAAGGUUCAAGGUCUUCAAGACCGCGGAGCACUACGAACUAUGGGAUGACGAUCGAAUCAUCGCGAAAAAGACUUUCAAGCAAGUCAAUCAACCCUCUAAGCAAGCAGGGGAUCCCGAUAAAAGGAAUACCAACAAGUAUUGUGCCUUCCAUGGGACGCACGGGCAUUAUACAAAUGAUUGCUUUGUUGGGAAAAAGAACCUUGAGAUGCUAGUCAGAGAAGGCUAUUGCAUGGAGUUCGUAGGAAAGCAAGUUAUCCAGCAGAUCGAGGACCGCGAUGUUGGCAAGGAACCUCCCUGGAAAGACAUAAGGAUUAACACAAUCUUGGCAGACUCCAGGGAAUUUGGGCUGACCAGCAAGGAAAAGAAGAGGAAGAUUAAGCAAGCAACGAUGAUCUCCCAAGUCUUCACCUGCUGCCCAGCAAUAGAGGAUAAUCCCGUGAUAAGCUUACAAAAGAAAGACCUGAUCGGGCUUGAUCUACCACACAAUGACGCCCUCGUCAUCAGCAUCCAGAUUGUGCAGGCCGUGAUCGAACGACUUUAUGUGGAUGAGGGAAACGCAACCAACAUCUUGCAACUUUCAGUUGUCCAGUAG